AUGCAAACAGCACUUGUGUGCCUGUGCCUGUGCCUGCUCAGCACGGCUCUCUCAACACCUGUGCCGCCGCCGCCGCUGCCUGGGAGAGCUGCUGGAAACUGCGUGGGACAGCACCGGAUACUGUUCAAAGGCUGCAAUGCCAAGCAUGGCUUCUAUGUUUUCAAAUAUGUCUACUCAUUCUCAACGCGGAGGAACCAGACGCAGAUAAAGAAGGAAGAGGCCGACAGCCAGAGCACUGUCCCCAGUCAUCGGCUGGGCAAGGACAAUGCCAGGUGGGGGCUGACGGAGGACGGGGCAGCCCUGGAGCGAGGUGACAAUGGCAGCACCAGUGCAAUGGAGAAUGGGACUGGCUUCAAGCCCAAAAACCGCAGCGCCCCAGGCAUUGGUGGGGAUGCUCACAGUCCUCGCCCGGGAACCAGCACACGCGCGCGCAGUGGUGUCGGCAUCAUGAGUACCCCCCUGGCCAGCUCAGAGGGCAGCGGCGACUUGGAUUUGGUGGUUGAAGUCGAUGGUGGUGUUUCCAUUGUCCCCCAGGGCAGACACCCCAAUGAGGCUGUGGCGGGGAACAGGUCCAGUGUCAGGAGUGAGGACAGGGAUGACGGUGCCCCCAGGGGUGUUCCAGUGGAGUGGGCCACGACAGCCAGGAGGGAGAGGGCCCCUGCCACCGGAGGGGCCGGGGAUGAGGGCAGCGGUGAGGCCACUGUACCUGGCCAAGGGAGCACAGGGACGGGAGGCACCGCUCUUGCCUCUGUCACGGAGAAGAUGGAGGACGUCCAAGUUGAUGCCGAAGGUGUGGAUGAAUAUACUUACAUCCCUGACUCGGGCAGCGUCACCGUCCCCCGUGGGAAGAUGGGCAGCACAGCGAAGGCCACCAGCUUCACCCAAAUCUCUCCAGACAGGGAUGAUGAGGUCAAUAUCUUCAUUGGGAGGGCCAACAUCCACGUGGGGGAGCAAGAAACCACCCAAGCUGGUGCCAUUGUUGGCAGCAAGGAUGAUGGUAUCCCCGCUAUGGGAACGAGCAGUCCCCUGCCCAGGCUGGGUGUCGCUGCAGCACACGAUGACGACGACAUCCCUGCUCGCAGGCAACCUGAAGGACUGGCCACCAUGGCCACCCCAAGCCAUGGGCACAGCGUCACCACCAGCCCCAGGGUCAGCCGUCCCACAGGAGAUGAUGAGGAUGGUGCCACCACUGUUGGUGAUGAAGAAGGACCAGUGGCCCCUGGCCCCUGGAGGGUUGCUGGUGGUGACGUUACCAUCCCCGCAGGGGUUGGCAUCCAUGGGAACAGUGAUGAUGAGGCGAGAGGUGAGGGGCAGAGGUUCAAGGGGAGGCCAGGCCACCUGGCUGUCACCACCCCCCGCCAGGGAGGUGACAAGGAGGCUGCAGGUGCUGUCCCAGCCGAGGGGGCCAGCAUCCGCCUGGGCACUACCACAGCUUCCCCCGGGGUGAGCGAGGGGGACUGUACCACAGCCCUGGGGAUGGCCAGUGGCCACAAG